UCCGGUGUCGGGAGUCUUUGCCCUCCGUUCCUGGGCCCCUCAGGCAGCACCCCCGGUGGGCACACGCUCAGGCACUGCUCCUGUCCCGCGCUCCCUCCCUCUGUCUUUCACUUCCCAGCUGCCAAGAUCUUGGAAGCUUUGAAGCUCAGCGAAGAAGGGAAUCCAUUGAGAAUAGUCUGUAAAGGUAUUCCAAACUGCCUGCCCACCUAGACCCUGGGUAGAAGCCUCGUCCAUCCUGCCACUGAUCACUGAGGAGGUAACAGUCGUCGAAGAGGAAAGGCAGAAGGCAGGAAGAGAGGAGAGAGCUUGGAAGUCUUGAAGAGCUGCUGGAAUCAUUUCUAACUGGGAAGCAGAAUACAGUAUUGAAAGAUUUCAACUGUGAGAAAAUGUCAUUUCGAUUCGGCCAACAUCUCAUCAAGCCCUCUGUGGUAUUUCUCAAGACAGAACUGUCCUUUGCCCUUGUGAACAGGAAACCUGUGGUACCAGGACAUGUCCUCGUGUGUCCACUUCGGCCAGUGGAGCGCUUUCGAGAUCUGCAUCCUGAUGAAGUGGCUGAUUUGUUUCAGGCAACUCAGAAAGUCGGCACAGUGGUGGAAAAGCAUUUCCAGGGGACUUCUCUUACCUUUUCUAUGCAGGAUGGUCCUGAAGCUGGACAGACUGUGAAGCAUGUUCACAUCCACGUUCUUCCCAGGAAGGCUGGAGACUUUCACAGGAAUGACAGCAUCUAUGAUGAGCUCCAGAAACAUGACAAAGAGGAGGAAGACUCCCCAGCCUUGUGGCGAUCAGAGGAGGAAAUGGCAGCAGAAGCCGCAGCACUGCGGGUCUACUUCCAGUGAUGCAGGCAUGAAAAGUACCUCGAACAAAUCCCAAGGCAUGAGGAAGUGGGCCUCGUUCUCUAGGACCCUGCGGCACUGGAAAUGAAGCUGAGCAGACUAUUACAUCCUACAAUUCUGCAACCUUUUGCAAAGCAUUUUAUUACACUUGUAGAAGUCAGCAGGGUUACAUUUCAAUCAUGAUGACUGACAGGCUAACUUCAAAACAACAGCAUGGGCAACCUUCCACACUUCCGGUUCUGCCUACUUAGAACCCUUCCUGAACUGUUCCUUGGCCUGGAUGGAAAUAAAAUGGUAGUUAAAAUAUU